AGGUGAGACAUGGUGCGGCUGUACUGUUGGGGGGACAGCUCCAGUGGACAGUUCGGUCCGCAGGGAGCCCUCGGCCCGGUGCCCUGGACUGUCCCCGGGGCUGUAACCCAAAUCUGCUGCGGGGACCGGCACACUUUAUUCCUAACCGGAGACGGGGAUGUGUUCUCGUGUGGCUCCAACUCGCAGGGACAACUUGGACGAAAGAAAUCUAAAGGUGAAAAGAGACCAGGUCGUGUGCAGGGGCUGGGUGAUGUCGUGACGAUGGCUUGUGGUCGGGACCACUGUCUGGCUGUGUGUGCAUCUGGAGACGUGUUCUCCUGGGGGGCCGCAGAGAAUGGACAACGGGGGGGGUUACUGAAUCCGCGGUGCAACAAUCUCGGACCAAGGUGCAGUCGGGUGCCCAUACAACUGCCAGUACCAGUGAUUCAGGUUGCCUGUGGAGACGGCCACUCACUGGCACUGACGAAAGGAGGAGAUGUCUUCUCAUGGGGUUUGAACAGUCAUGGUCAGCUGGGUCUGGGGAAGGAGGUGUCCCAACAGGACACGCCUGUCCUGGUGUGCGCUCUGUCCGGCGUAGCAGUGACCCAGAUUGCAGCCGGAGCGACCCAUACUCUGUUCCUCACACUGUCAGGCCUGGUGUACUGCUGCGGGGCCAAUAAAUCUGGCCAGCUGGGGCUCAACAGAGUGGAUGAGAGGGGCAGGUUUAACAUCUGUAUGGUCCCUGCCCUCAGAACUCUGGGUGUCUCCUUCAUAAGCUGUGGAGAGGCCCACUCUGCUGUGUUAACAAAGAGCGGUAAGGUUUUCACUUUUGGAGACGGAAGCCACGGUCAGCUCGGUCACAACUCCUCUGCUACUGAAGUGGCACCCAGACUGGUCGACGGUCUGGAUGGACCCGCCUCACAGAUUGCAUGUGGCCGGUGUCACACUCUGGUCUUGGGCUCCUCUGGACAGCUGUGGGCUUUUGGUAAUGGGGUCAAAGGUCAAAUUGGGACUGGACGACCAGAGGGCAGUCUAACUCCCGCUCUAGUUCAAUUUCCAUGGAUCGCUGACAGCGCAAAAGCCAUACCCAAUGACUUGAAAAUAUCUGCUGGGUGGAAUACAAACUUUGCUUUCUCUUCACCUGCACAGAACUUGGCUCAUGGUCAGAUAACUGGGCGGCUCGAUGAGACAAAACUGCAAAGAUGGCUGUCAAUGAAAUGUGAGAAUGCAGAGGCAAAGAGAGAAAUAUCUUCAAUGUUUUUGACAAGUUCAAGUCUUGUUGCAAGUUUCACAAAAGCCAACGGGUCUUCAUCAGAAGCAGGUGCCCUAACUGUGGACCUUGAGGCUGCUAGCCAAGCUUUUGACCAGAUGCUGGCAUCACCAUGGAUCAAACAAUCAGUAAACAUAAAAAUCCUGAUGGACUUGCUUUAUGAUUCGAUGACUGUCCUAAAAUCUCCGGAGAUCCUGCUGAUUCUGCUGACGUGCCCCCUUCUCCAAGAGGACUCCAACGUCAUGAACGGGGUGUUGCCUCUGGCGGUCAUUAUUGGAAAUCUGAACAAUAAGCCCCUGGCAUCACUAAGAGACUGGUGGUUUUCCCUGAAACCCUCCAUACUGCUGAAACACAUCAUGGUCUUCAAAAAUGCCCUGGCCUUCAUGCUAAGAAAUGGCCUCUUGGUAACUCACAACCGAGGAGUCAAAUACCUGCUGGAAGUCCUCAAAAUACUUUACAAAGCAAACAAAGCCGGAAAGUCCUACAAAGUCCCACUGAGCACAUUUUACGUCGAGGAAAUCGGUGAAACUGUGAAUCCAGCCCAGGACAUCAACCUUUGGAGUCAAUUUUCUAAAGUGGAGGAUGACGAUAACACACCUGCCAUCUUCUGCCGUUACCCAUUUCUGUUCACUCUGGUUUGCAAGGCGGCGUUCUUUAACAUCUUUGCACUUAUAAUGAAGGAAACACAGUAUGUCAUUCAUAAUUUGGCUUUGAGGUGGCCUGAUGAAUCGUUGGUAGAUCCCCCGAACUCUGCCCCGGCCCCGGUCCUCCAGCUAACCCUGAGACCGACUCACCUCGUCGAGGACACCUUCAGACAGCUCAGUGCAGCCGACCACUGCGCCUUCCAAAGGGAGCUUUGGGUGCAGUUUGUGGAUGAAAGAAAGGUGAUGGAUGUCAACAAAAGAGACUUCUUCCUCUAUGUGUUUGAUGAGCUCAUAGCUCCCGAGUCAGAAAUGUUCAUGUACAACGAGAGCAAGACUCUGGCCUGGUUCCCUCCCAGGCCAAAAGUGGAGGAGAAGAGUUACUUCCUGUUUGGCGUACUGUGUGGCCUGGCUCUUUACAACCACAACAUUGUCCACCUGCCCUUCCCAAUGGUUCUCUUCAAGAAGCUGGUCGGGGUCAAACCCUCAGUGGAUGACAUGAAGGAGUUUGACCCUGUAAUGGGAGAGUCUUGGCGAUGCAUGUUGGAGGACUACACUCCUGAUGUAGUCAAAGAAAUAGACACUACUUUCACUGUGACUUGGGGCGGUGAGGAAGUUGAGCUUGAUCCAGGAGAAGCUGGAAAACUUGUCACAGGGUCAAACAGGAAAGAGUACGUAGCUGCUUUUGUCAACUACGCCUUCAACCAAUCAGUGGAGCGUGUGUUUGAGGUGUUCAAGAGAGGGUUUUUCAAAGUGUGUAACAUGGACGUGGUGGACUUCUUCCAGCCGGAGGAGUUGCAAGCAGUGAUGGUGGGCCAAGAAAACUACGACUGGGAGGUGUUCAAGGAGAAUACCGUUUAUGAAGGAGAAUACCAUGCCGGGCACCCAAACAUCAUUACCUUCUGGGAGGUGUUUGAGAAACUGACAGCAGAGGAAAAGAAAAAAUUCCUUUUGUUCCUCACAGGCUGUGACCGUGUACCCUUCCUGGGGAUGAAGAGCGUCAGGAUGACAGUUGCUGUCUUGCCUGAUGCCUCUGAGCUCCAUUUGCCACAAUCCCUCACCUGUCACUGUCUGCUAUUACUGCCCAUCUACCAGAGAUACCCAGUCGAGAGGUUAAUGGAGACCAGGCUUCAUCAGGCUAUUAAUCACAACAGAGGCUUCUGCAAGAAAGAGGACACGAGAGGCUAAAGUAACUAAGGCUUCUUCAAAAC